CUUAUGGCACUGCACUCCCUCUCACCACGGACACACAAAAGUUCACAUUUUAGAUGCACGACACCUAUAAUACAAUGUCAGGACACCAGUGGCAGUAUGGGCAGUGUGCAUCAUAGCCAUAAGCACUUCUUGACAGCAAAACGGGCAUGAGAGGUUGUGUGUCCGUAUCUGUUCAAAUCUAUAUGGUUCCAAAUUUUCCCUUGAGGGAGGGGAAAAAAGAAGAAAAAGGAAAAGAUAAAAAAAGGAAGGAAGGAGAAUAACAAUAUCGGUAUCAAGAAAAUAAAGAAUUGCCGUAUAGUGACCAGACAUACAUACAUUAGACAUCUGUCUACCGCCACCCAGUGGUGAUGGUGGGGAAAAUGAUGGCACCAGCUUGUCUGUCUACCCUAUCUAUCCAGCUCUUGGAUUAAGGUGAUAUGGUUUGGUUGGGUAUUGGUUUGGCCAUGUUUCUUUUUUCUGUGCCGGAGCUCUCCAGCGUCGUGGGAUGGUCGACCCCCGACUCUCUGGGCCGUCGAUCUUUUUUUGGUCCAUUGGUACCAUCGAAUUACUUCACCCCCUCGUCCGGGGCUAUGGCUCUGUUUGCUAUCGGUAUUUUGCUGUGCCUGCAGUUAAUCGUUUUUUGGCUAUUCAUUGGAAAAAUAUUGGUGACAAGUUUUCCCGCACAGCUGUUGCUGUUCCUUUCCACCCUUCUUAUGCUGUUCAUUGCGGGAGCACUGAUGAUCCCGCCCAUCUCAUCGUCAUUUACGCCAUCUACCCAUCUCAUCGCAAGCUCGCAACUACCUCCGUCCCUUUUUGCUUGUUCCUGUGCUUUCUUUCCCUCUAA